UCUGCGCUGCACAUAGCACGCGUUUCUUAUGAUUGGCCAAAACAAAUCCGAUGUAUACAUCAUGUGAGUGUUAUGAAGCCGCAAACUGUUGUGUUGAAGCUGCUGUUCGAGGAGGAAUUUGUUGCUUUUGUAUUUUUUGGUUGGUCGGAGUGAGUUCCAGGACGAUGUCUGUCAGGUUGUGUUAGAGCUGGUCAGUGUUUUAGAGACUCUGUGGUUACACUUACCAACCAUCACCUGAUGUUAGCUAACACCCGAUAGUCGGCAGGUGAUGGUCAAACCUGGGAGACAACGUUAGCAGCUUCAGUUUGGGUGUAAAACACACUACAUUCAGGCCUCUCGGAGAGAUGCCUCCAAACAAACGUUUACAGAAGAAAACGCUUAAACUGGAAUGUGAAUGGGGCUCGUGUCAGGAGUCGUUCAGUCGGAUGGAAAACUUCUGCAAGCAUGCGGAGGGUCACCUUAGUGCUGUGAACAUGGCGGAGGAGGACGAAGAAGAAGCAGAAGGGGAGAGAAACUGUCUCUGGAGAGAAUGUGGUUUCUGCUCUAUGGAGGGUCCUGAAGAGUUGCGACGACAUCUGUUCUUUCACUGUUAUCACACGAAGCUGAAGCAGUUGGGACAGCAGGUGCUUAAUGCCCAGCCAGAAAUCGGUAGCUGCUCCAUUGGAUACCACAACCGCAACAUCAUCCCUGAAAUCCCAGACAAUUUUAUCUGCCUGUGGGAGGAAUGUGAGCAACCACCAUAUGAAAACCCUGAGUGGUUCUACCGCCAUGUAGAGAUGCAUAGCCUGUGCAUAGAUAUACCAGCAGGAGACUGUGAAUUCCCAAUACGCUGUGGAUGGAAAGAUUGCGAAGCCACUGCUAAGGGGCGUCCUAAGCUGCGGGAGCAUCUGCGCAGCCACACCCAAGAGAAGGUAGUGGCAUGUCCAGGCUGUGGGGGGAUGUAUGCCAGCAACACCAAGUUGUUUGACCACAUCAUACGGCAGAGCGCCAUGGAAGGUCAGAGGUUUCAGUGUUCCCACUGUUCCAAACGUUUUGCAACAGAAAGACUGCUGAGAGACCACAUGAGGACCCACGUGAGCCACUACAAAUGCCCGCUCUGUGACAUGACUUGUCCAUCACCCUCUUCACUCCGCAACCAUAUCAAGUUCCGCCACAGUAACGAGAAGCCAUACAGCUGUGAAUACUGCGAAUACAGCUGUAAGAAUCUCAUCGAUUUGCGCAAACACCUGGAUACCCACAGCAGCGAGCCGGGAUUCCACUGCGAUGUUCCUGGCUGUGGUUUCACCUCUCGCACCUCUGGCACCAUGAAGAUUCACCACAAAAGAGAGCAUGAGGGGAGUUUUGUAGCACGUUACAAGUGCCAUGUGUGUGGUCAGUGCUUCACCAGGGGCAACAAUCUAACAGUCCAUCUGCACAAAAAGCACCAAUUUAAAUGGCCUUCUGGACACCCCAGGUUCAGGUACAAGGAGCAUGAAGACGGCUUCUUGCGGCUGCAGCUGAUUCGCUACGAGAGUGUGGAACUGACCGAGCAGUUGAUGAGGGAAAGACAAAACAGGCAAACGGAGGAGGAUGAAGAAGGGGGCCAGACUGAGGGGCAGGAGCUGGAGGAAGAAUCUGCAGGUGCAGCUCCUUCAGAGUUGCAGGUAGAACUGAGAGGGGUGCUGCUGGAGGAGCAGAGCACCGAGGAGCCGACCAUCAGCACUGUGGAGAGCAGUCAGGAAGGGGGCAUGUUGUACGUUCUCACUGGAGGUUUGUCACAAGCAGGGGAGGACUCUGCUAUGCUGCAUCUUCAGGAUACUGCUCAGCAGCAAGGAAUGCAGAUGGUUUAACCAUCAUAACAAUCCUGUAUACACAUCCAAUACAUCAGAGGACAUUUUGCAAUCAGCUCUGUUGUUUCACAGAUACAUGGCUAAUGUAUGAAAAAUCUUCUGACAUUUCUGACCCUCAUAGAUCUUGGUAAUAAAUUAAAAUGUCUUAAUGAAGGCUCACAUACUCCACGAUCAUGACUAAAAGCCUAUAUUAGGUAAUAACAUUUUUCAUGUGUUUUGUUUGCUAAUAUUGAACUUGUUGACAACCUGUUUGCCAGUGUUUUUAAAUUAUUUUCAGUUCAUUCAUUGUACUUCAACAUCAUCAGAUAGUUGGAUAAUAACGCUGCACUGUGUAGUGGCUUGUCAUUCUCUUUUAGAUGAGAAAGCUGUCACAAAUAAAUCAGCCACACCUUUUGAA